CCCAGCCCCAGACGGCCUGAACGCCCGGCCGUUUGCGUCGUGCUCGCCCAUCGCGGCCAGAGCCGCCGUUAGCGGCCGCAGUCCCAGCGGACAGGCGCUGCUCUCGGCCUCCGCCGCCGCCUGGGCACGCGGCCCGCUCCGAGUCGCUCGUUCUCGCCCCACCCUCUCUCUCCCCCUUCACGGAAACGACAGCUGCGGCGGCGGGGCUGGCGCCGCCUCCCUCCACCUACCACGUCUGCCCCCGCCACUGUCGCCCGGCGCCCCAGCCCGGCCGCGGCGCCCCUGCCUCCCCGCUAGGUCAGCCGGCAGCUCGGCCCGGCUGCAGCCCAGGAUGAACAUCAUGGACUUCAACGUGAAGAAGCUGGCGGCCGACGCGGGCACCUUCCUCAGUCGUGCCGUGCAGUUCACAGAAGAAAAGCUUGGCCAGGCAGAGAAGACAGAAUUGGAUGCUCACUUAGAGAACCUACUUAGUAAAGCUGAAUGUACCAAAAUAUGGACAGAAAAAAUAAUGAAACAGACUGAAGUGUUAUUGCAGCCAAAUCCAAAUGCCAGGAUAGAAGAAUUUGUUUAUGAGAAAUUGGAUAGAAAAGCUCCAAGUCGUAUAAACAACCCAGAACUUUUGGGACAAUAUAUGAUUGAUGCAGGGACUGAGUUUGGCCCAGGAACAGCUUAUGGCAAUGCACUUAUUAAAUGUGGAGAAACACAAAAACGAAUUGGAACAGCAGACAGAGAGCUGAUUCAAACAUCAGCCUUAAAUUUUCUCACUCCAUUAAGAAACUUUAUAGAAGGAGAUUACAAAACAAUUUCUAAAGAAAGGAAACUAUUACAAAAUAAGAGACUGGAUUUGGAUGCUGCGAAAACCAGACUAAAAAAGGCAAAAGCUGCAGAAACUAGAGCUUCAUCUGAACAGGAAUUAAGAAUAACUCAGAGUGAAUUUGAUCGUCAAGCAGAGAUUACCAGACUUCUGCUAGAGGGAAUCAGCAGUACACAUGCCCAUCACCUCCGCUGUCUGAAUGACUUUGUGGAAGCCCAGAUGACUUACUAUGCACAGUGUUACCAGUACAUGUUAGACCUCCAGAAACAACUGGGAAGUUUUCCAUCCAAUUAUCAUUGUAACAACAAUCAGACUUCUGUGGCACCUAUGCCAUCUGCUUCGUCAAAUGUGAUUGGUUCUUCUGCCUUGACUUCCACAAGUGGCCUAGUAAUCGCGUCUCCUUCCAACCUUGUUGACCUUAAGGAGUGUAGUGGCAGCAGGAAGGCCAGGGUGCUCUAUGAUUAUGAUGCUGCAAACAGUAGUGAAUUAUCACUUCUGGCAGAUGAGGUGAUCACUGUGUUCAGUGUCGUUGGAAUGGAUUCAGACUGGCUAAUGGGGGAGAGGGGAAAUCAGAAGGGCAGGGUGCCAAUUACCUACUUAGAACUGCUCAAUUAAAUAGGUGGACUGUGGAAAGAUUGCCCAACAUGACACCGUAUUUAUAUACAAUUAACUCUAAAUAUAGCAGGUUUAAGUAUCUUCCAUGUUAAUGUCUUAAGAGACUAAAGAGAAAAUAUCAACCAUCAGAAACUCGCCUUUCUGCCAAUAAAGUUGCAUGGUAAAUAUUUCAUUACAAAAUUUAUGUUAGAGCUUUCAUGCCAAGAAUGUUUUCUUAUAAAAUUCUCUUUCUACUGAGGUUUCACUAAUAAGCAGCUUCUACUUUUGAGCCCCAACUUAAAGCAGAAGAACUGUUUUCUACUGAAUUUUUCAUUAAUGGCAAGCUUUUUCUUUUAUGUACAAUAAAUUUAUUGUGACUUGA